UAUUUAGCUUUUGUUCUUCAAUAAUUUACAGAGUAAGUUUUUAUAAACCUGUCAACUGUUACCAUUUGUUGGUGCUUUUUGUUCACCAUUUUCUGUGCAUUUCCUUGCCAAUAGUUUGUAUUCAUUAUUAUCGCAUCUCAGUUUUUUCUUGGUUUUACUCUCUCCUUCUCUGUAAACAGGCUGCUGUCAAAGUAGUUGUCUUCAUAGCUGUAGGACUGUAGGGCUUAGCUACCCAGCAAGGUAUUCUUAACUUAAACUUCUUAUCCACAUUUUUGGGUUUUUUUUCUUCCCACUUAGAGUAAGGUUGGAUCCAAGUUUGGCUGGUUCUUGUAUUAGAAAGAAGAUGGAGCCUGUCCUUAGUGUUCUUUAACCAGUGGCUUUGGUGUUGCUUCUCAUUUAUGCUUUUUUAGACUUUGAUAUUAUUUAAUGGUUUUGUAUAACUGGAACAAAUGAAGCAUGUAGGAUAAUAGGCAACUGCAGAAUGUCAUCAGCACUCACAAGUCACUCAAUAAUGCAAAGUUUUCUUCCUGUCCCUGUCUUUAUAGUUCUGAAAAGUGUAUGUCUUCUUGCAUUGAGCAGAAUGUACAUCACCGUUAGCAACUAGCUCUGACAGUUGGUAAAUUCUGUUUUAUUGAGCAAUAAGUUACUGUCAUAUCAGCUGCUGGAACUAACGGUUUUCACUCAUGCACACUGAAUUACGGUGUAAUCCCUUAGGCCAGGCUCUCUGGCAGUUCACUUGCUACUUAAAUGAAGAUGUGAUUUUACCGUAGCAACCAGUUAGGCUAUUAUGCAGAAUUCUCCAGUUAUCCAGCCUCAUCACAGCUAAGUGUGAUUGGUGUAGGCUGAAAGAGAGGUGGGCAGUUUACACUGUAUGUCAAAUAUUGUACAGAAAAAUCAUAUGAAUAUUGCUAAGCAGAGAUUAAUUAAGACACCACAGUUAUGAAGAAAUUAAAUUCAUUCAGCUGAUAAGGAGCAUAGCUGGUAAGAGACCCUUUCUGCAAAAGCAUUUUAAAAUAAGCAUAGUCCUGUACAGUGUCAAGAAUGAGAGAAUUCAUUCACAUUUAAGAAAACUGUAUCUUUUUCAUAAUCCAGGCUCAUUUUUCUCUCUAAAACCAAGACACAUCAAGGACCCAACUCUCUUACAUUUCUGACUGCCAGAUGGAUUUUGUUUCCUUGUUUGAGAAAGCCCUGGGGGCUUGCAGAGUUCAGUAGUAUGAAGCCUAAUCACAAAAACUGCAGAGAGACAAAUAUUUUCCAAGAUUCAGUGAAGUAAUUUAGUAAACACCUGUAAAUUGUAAAGCUCUGGAAGAGACACUGAUUAAAGUGAUAUUUGGCAGUUUUUCAUUUUCCAGUGAAAUUAUAUCAGGUUAUUAGUCAAAGCAAGAUACCUACACAUAUGUACAUGAUCUGUAUAUAUAUAACAUUUUCAGCAGUUCUGAAAUGUUAGCCUCAGUUUUGAAAUUCAAUCUGUGAUCACUCAGUUUUGCUUUCACUGACGUCCUAGAAAUACAGAGUUUUUUUCUGGUGAUACUUCAAGCAAAUAGAAACGUGUUUCUUGAUCUUUUCAAGACUUACAAAAAUUCUUACUCCAAAGUGCUAGAGGCUGUAGGAAAUACAGUAGUUUGUCUCCUUGGUGAGGAUACAAGAGUUAGUUGUCUCAGCUGAGCAUACCACUCAAGUGAAGGAAUGCAUGCUGGCCGGGGUUCUGACCAGAGCCCACCUAGGUAAAUCCAGGGUCACCUCAGACUUUCACUAAGACUAUUGAGGAUUUACACAGCUGUAGAAAGACAGAAUUUAUCCUUGUUCAUAUUGAGAGGGUACGUGCAAUUACACAAACACUUUUCUGGGCACAAGUAGACUUGUAUGUUACGUACUACUGUUGUUAUGAAGGCCAAGACAUAUUUUUGAAGCUUUUCCCAUAAACUUAGAAACAGCAUUGAGUGCUUUGUGCAGAUAUGUUUAGAUUUAGUGAAAAGGAGCUUUUAGGCAGGAUCUUUGUUCACGAUGAAGAAAGAAAAAGGAUUUUUUUUAUCAGGAAAAUGCUGGCUCUUACGCUUAAGAUGUAUGCAUUGAAGGAAAACUGGGGAGGCGAGGAACAAGCAUCAUAUUCAGGGUCUGAGGGUGAGUGCAUGUGGAUACUUUUGCCUCUAAACCUUUGACCCAAACUACGAGGUGUUCACUCUGGGCUCAAGGCUGAGUGGUUCCCUCUGUUUCAUACACGUGAGGCACAGGAAAAACACAAGACCUGACAGCACACUCCUGUUUGCUGCUCACUCUUCUCUGCUUACUGUUUCACAGAAACAGUCAAACUUUCUUAAAAGAUUGUGGGGAUGUCUCUGAAAGCAGCAACAGUCAAGCCUUUCACAUGCAAAGUGGUGCUGCUGGAUGAAAGGGUGGAUAUUUGAAAGGAAACACAGAGAGGGGUGUGGGAGAAAUGUAUCCUGACCACACACUCUGUUCAUGUGCCUGAGGGAUCCGGGGUCUCCAGGGCUCUGCACCAAGAACCACCUGCCUUCCCCCACAGGACCUGGAAGCUGGGGAGCCCUGAUCUUCCCUUUCCUUCCUUGGGCAAGCUGUCGCCUGCAACACUGACAGCACCACGAGCUGCGCUAAGGCAUCUCUGCGUCGUUUGGCACAGCCACCUCCCUGCACAGCAUUCCCAGCACCUCCAGCCAGCUCUGGGAAUCAAAGCUGGUGUUUAGCUGAAAAUACUCUCUGUUGGAGUUUCUGACAUUACAGAUUUUCUAAGGCUUGCAGCACUCCCCUGUUCUUGAACAGUGUGAGGUACUGAGGCAACCUCAGCGCUGCAUUCCUUGAGGCUUUUGUCAGUGCAGAAAGGAAACCACAGCUGCUAGAAACUCUGAAGAACAAAGGUCAGUUCUCCACCAUCCACAAAGUUAAAUUUACGUAUAUGCAAUAUUUUCUUGCUGCAUCAUGCUGGCCUUUUUUGGACAUGACAGCUACUGGUCUCACACUGAGUACCAAGGAGUGGGGACUGUGUUCUCCUUAGGGUGUUUGGGUAUAAUCAGUUGGCUGCUGCAGCAGGAGUAGUUCAAAGUCUUGCUGCUGGGAUCACUCCUCUGUGGGAGAUUGAUGCCACACACCUGAGCCACGCUGCCGGAUCACACCGCACACCACACAGCUCAUCCAUGGGCUGGGCAUGGCUAUGCUAUUAACAUUUUUAACUGCUCCAGUUGCAAGAGUAUAUCUGCUAUGCACUUUCUUUAGUUGAACCAUUUUGUUUUCUGACUGUAUGGGUUUUUCCUUCUCCUUGUGUGAGUUUAUCUUGGAGUGUGGACAAUGACUGCUUUGGAGAAGGCUCUAGGACUCUGAUUCAUUACUCUGCUCUGUGUCAGGUUGCUUUCAAGAGAAUGGGAAAGGGAGAGUCUCACUGAUUGCUAUUAUUUGUUCAUUUUUCCUAUUCAGAUGCAAAUGUUUAACUGGACAUCUAAUACCCCUGUUCAGAAGCCAUGAAUUCCAGAAGAUUACUCUCAGAAACACGGAGAACAUUUCCUGCCACUAAAGUACACUGCCAGCAGCCAUCACGGAUUGUCAUUGUGGAUAUCACAUCACCUUCCUGGACCAGCACUUGUUCUGUACUUUCUGAAGCUCUGGAAAACACGCUCUGUUUGGCAUGCAGUUUGACAGGCCCCUGCCGUGUUCCCCUGCUGAGCCUCUACGUGGUGCAGAGCCAGCAGGAGUGUCUGCUUCCCUUCACGCAAGUGAAAGAAAACUUUGCACGAAUUCAAGCCUGCAUUUCAGAGCUCCGUUUGCUACCAGGAGAAGGCUGUUUCCCACAGACGGGAAAUGGAGUGGUACAGGCUGUGCAAGAUGGAUUGCAACAGUUCAAACAAUACAGCAGACACACGGCAGCAGGAGGCUCAACAAAUAGUUCUGUUGAGAUCACAAUUUUGACUAGCCAGUCCAGCAAAGAAAUGGCAAAGCAGCUGGAAAAUAAGUUAAAAGACGUAGACCUUGUGAGUCUGCGAAGAAUACAAGUCAUUGAGGUUCUGAAGAGAGACUUUCUAGAGCCUGAGGAUGUGGAACAGUGCAUGCCAGCAGAAGAGCCCAGCAGCACAGACAUUGCAAUCCUGGGAAUGGACAUCGAUGUGCAAACCAUAGAGGACAAUGUCAUCAGCCUGGAGGUGCUGUUUAAAACGUGGCUACAUGACUAUGGCACAGAGAGGGAACACCUCCAUCUCCUCCUUCCGUCCGGAGGCUUCAGCCACGCCGCUGCGCCCAGGACCACCCCAAUAUGCCUGAAGUGCGAUUUGCAGGAGAGAUUGCUCGACCCAGCUCUGCUUUCUGGGACAGCUGAUGGCACCAUGAGAGCAGCAGAUUUUAAUUCACCCUUCCAGAUGGCAGCCUGGCCAGCUACAGUGCUGUAUAAACUCCGUGUUGUAAAGGCUCUGAAGGCCGAAGGGGUCUGUGAGUCUGUACUGUAUGGCCUGCCCUUCAUCAUCAGGCCCACAAGCUGCUGGCAGCUAGACUGGGAUGAACUGGAGAUAAAUCAGCACAGCUUCCAUGCUCUAUGUCAUAGUCUUCUGAAAAGGAAGUGGAUGCUUUUGGCCGAACGUGAGCCACAGAACACUGGUCCAAACUGGAACAUUGUGGUGCAUUCCUACUAUGUCAUUGUCCCUUCGGACUCUGCCACUCUACUUGUCAAGGCAGUUGCCCCCAGGGAGCUCUUGCUGCCGUCGAACUUCCCUGCUCUCCUUGCUGAACACCCUGAGAGAGCACGUGGCCCUGUAGAGAGUGCCCUGAACAGCUUGGAAGUGGAAGUUGCUUAUAACCCCUUGCACAUAAAAAGCAACCUCUACAAAUACCUGAAGAGUGUGUUGCACAAACCUCUGCACUGGCAGCAGGCCCAGCCCAGGGACCAGCGACCAGAACGGCAUCAACCCAAGCAGCAUCAGAGCCGAGCCAGAGCCACAGUGGCACCUCUUCUGAUGGCUCCUUCUCCUGUCCAAGCGUUCAGACCCGCGGCAGUGAGGAGAGAUUCCUGUGAGCGCUCCCCGCUCCCCAAAGAGUACGACGAGUUCCUGCAGUGAACCCCAGGGCACUGCUUGAGCCUGCUCACCUGCAGGCAAGGCUUGGCUUGUUGCUCUGCUGCCAAGCCUUACGCACGGGGCCGGAAGCGGUCAGGCAAGACACUAAGCUUGGCCUUGGUCCGACAGGCACUUCCCAUUGUUUGUUCCUCCCUGGUUUAUGGUUUUGUUAGUCACCAACCCAGUCUGCAGGAAGCCUGCUGCUCUGGAGCCCUCUAUCCAGAGAUUCAGAUAUCCCUGCAACACCCCAUAUUUCCCAUUCUUGUCAGCACACAUCACCAGCGUGCCUCAAACUUUCGUUUCUGAGACUAGCUAGUACUGGCCACAAACCACAGAUUGCUGUCAGCGGGUGCAGAAAAGCUGCAAGCAGGGCAGUGAGGAAGUCAGACAGAUAAAAGCAGGCAGUAACGUCAAAGCUGUCCUCAUUCUGCAGGAGCAGGUUCAGCAGGGUAUUUGAAUAGACGUAAACCAGGGCUUUUGAAUUUAAUCUUAAAGCCCAGAACGCUGCCCCCC